GCAUUGUGAACUGUGGUUUUCAACUCGUUUUGUUGUUACUUCUUCGGUUUAUAAUUAUAAAUUAAACACAACAGUAAUCUUUAUCUUUAGUAGAUAUCUUUUUAGUGGCUGUAAUUUUGUUUGAAAUUCAACCUCGAUCACGUAAGCAGCAACGGCAGUUUAUUUGUCCAGAAGAUUGUUUAGUUGAAGAAGUUGUGAAAUGAUGGACUCGAUAUUUCGUACAAGAUCGCCCGGUGCUGCUGCCGAGGGUGUUCGAGAUCAGUACGCUGAUGGAAGAGCUGCUAAAGUGUGGGAAGUAUUCAUCGGCGACAAAAAGCAAAGAACUCAAAAUUAUCGAGACUUUCUGGUGGGUUUAUUGAAAAAUAAAGGAUGCAAAAGAAUAUUGGAUGUAGCAUGCGGAACUGGAGUGGAUUCAGUGAUGCUUUUAGAGGAAGAUUUCGAAGUUGUUAGCGUUGAUGCUUCGGAUAAAAUGUUGAAGUAUGCCUUAGAAGCCAGAUGGGAACGUCGGAAGGAGCAAGCGUUUGAUAAUUGGGUAAUUGAGGAGGCGAAUUGGCUGACUUUACCACAAGAUAUUCGUCACUUAAUAAGAGGUGGAUUUGACGCUGUAAUUUGUCUAGGAAAUAGUUUUGCUCACAUGCCUGAUACGUUUGGCGAUCAAAGAGAACAACGGCAAGCGUUAUUGAAUUUCGAACGCUGUGUAAAACCUGGAGGUUUGCUCUUGAUUGAUCAUAGGAAUUACGAUUACAUAAUUGAUACUGGGAAUAUACCGAAAAAGUGCAUAUAUUAUAACAGCGAACAUAUGACAGACAUCAAGGCAUCGGUAUUAUUUGUUUCUGGAAAGCCAGCGAUCGUCACUUUAGAUUAUAUGAUUACUUUGGAUGAAGGGGAGGAUGAGGAUGAACAAAAGAACAUUAGUGAGUUCAGACUUUCGUAUUACCCGCACAGAGUGGACGUGUUCACGAAGAUGUUGGAUGAAGCAUUCCAUUACCGAGCCAAGCAUACCAUCUACGGGGAUUUUAAAUCCUUGGAUGAAGUGAAGCAUCCUGGUUUCUACAUUCACGUGAUGGAGAAACCAGUAUAAAUACGUCUGAAAAUAUUGCAAUUGUUUGAUAACAAAGACAAUAUUAUCGGGAAAUUUUACAUUUUAAUGCAUCUCAUGAUAUACGUUGCAUACUCAUU